UGUUGGAAACAAGGAGCAAGUUCUUUUCUCAGUGUCUUUGCUUCCCAAUGCCUCUCCAAAAGCUCUCGGCAUUCAUUGAUGCCAUCUGCAGGUUUGUCAUCUGCAAUGACUCCUCCCUCCGUGGGCAAACAGUCAUCUUCAACCCUGACUUCUUUGUGGAGAAGUUGCGGCAUGAGAAGCCCGAAGUCUUCACAGAGCUGGUGGUCAGCAACAUCACCAGGCUCAUCGACCUGCCGGGAGCAGAGCUGGCCCAGCUGAUGGGGGAGGAGCACCCCAAGCUGCCUGGUGGCAUUGGCACAGCCUCUGGAUUCUUUCGGUCCCUCAUGUCUCUGAAGCGUAAAGAUAAAGGGGUGGUGUUUGGCUCUCCGCUGACCGAGGAGGGCAUCGCCCAGGUCUCGCAGCUCAUCGAAUAUCUGCACAAGCAUCUGCGAAUGGAGGGCUUGUUUCGAGUGCCAGGGAACAGUCUCAGGCAGCAGAUCCUGAAGGAUGCCCUGAACAGCGGGGCUGAUAUUGACCUGGAAUCGGGGGAAUUUCACUCCAACGAUGUGGCCUCUCUGCUGAAGAUGUUCCUGGGUGAAUUACCUGAGCCCCUGCUGACACACAAGCACUUCCAAGCCCACCUCAAAAUUGCAGGCCUGAUGCAGUUUGAUGACAAGGGGAACAAGACCAGCACGCCAGAUAAGGAGCGGCAGAUCGAAGCCCUGCAGCUGCUCUUCCUGAUCCUCCCCCCGCCCAAUCGCAAUCUGCUCAGGCUGCUGCUGGACCUGCUCUACCAAACGGCCAAGAAACAGGACAAGAACAAGAUGUCUGCCCACAACCUGGCGCUCAUGUUUGCACCCCACAUCCUGUGGCCCAGAAAUGUGACAGCAAAUGACCUGCAGGAGAAUAUCACAAAGCUGAAUGAUGGCGUGGCCUUCAUGAUCAAACACUCGCAGAAACUCUUCAAGGCUCCGGCAUACGUUCGUGAAUGUGCCAGGCUGCACUACCUGGGGUCCCGAGUGCACGCUUCGAAGGAUGACCUGGAUUUGCUGACAUCUGCCGGGUCCAAGGAACUCCAGCCCCUGAAGUCUCAGAAGCGGAGUAGGCUGGAUCCGUCCCACCAGGAGGAGACACAGCAGCACACGGAAGAGGCGCUGAAGGAGCUCUUCCACCACAUCCACAGCAUGCCAGACUCUGCUAAAAAGAAAAAGCUCAUCCGGCAGUUCCAUAAGCAUCCUGGCACACUCACUCCUGGGCUUGAUGCGCCAACACCCCCGGUACGGAGGCGCACCCGCUCCCGCUCCUUCAGCGGCCUCAUCAAGCGGAGGAUGCUGGGGAACCCACUGAUCUUGGAAAGGAAAAGCAGGGACUCCACACCGGAAUCGGAGGGAGCCAGCAAAGAGAACCUCCACCUGUUACAGAGACUGCCUGCAUCUCCAGCAAGUCAUGGCACCCGAGCAAAGCUGAAAUUGUCUGAGGGCAGGAAAGAGGACUCCCGUAAACAUCUGCAGGCCCUUGCGCCUUCCACCAAGGAGCCAACCAUCUGAGCAACCAGGCACCAGCCCGUGUGUGCGGCAGACGUCUGGACUUGUAAGCUGUGAAUAAUGCCUGCUGCAUCUCAAGCUGUGAGAGGACUGAGUGCCGCAGCCUCCGGCGAUCCCUCUAACCCAGCUCACUGGGGCUUGGCUCGCAACAGGGCCUGCUGCGAGCAUAGUGAGGACUCUGACUUCCUCAUGUUAAUAUGGGCAAACCACUAUCUAACCAAGCACCUGCAGGGUGUCUGACCCUGGGCCUGAGGAAGGGCCAGAGAGCCUGUUGGAAGAAGGCAGGAACUUUGUGUUAACUGGAUUUGUUCAGUGCUCCGGGUUCUCGCUCUCUGAGCUUUUAACACGUUUGUCUUGUUUUUACCUCGUGCCUCCCAUCAACAACGAGAACGGUCAGCCGCUUCCCGGCAGCUAACUCUGUCUUACUAGCUCUUGUGCAGUGCUCUCUCCAUGCAGGUAUUGAUGAGUGGGGAGGAUGGCUGCAGUAUCACAAAUCUCCAACCCCAGGGGCCAUUUCUGCCUUCCUGACAGGCUGCAUGCUGGCUUGACCAUGUCAGCCCCUGUGUAGCUAUGGGGGUGGAAGGAGGGGAAUUGGGAGGUGACAUCUUCAUGUCAAAUGGCGAAGAAGCAGAUUCCAGAAUAAACUCUCGUCAUCUUGAUGUUAACAGAGCCCCUUAGCCACAGUCCCUGCUACUUACAGGAUAGUCUGUAGAAAGCACAGUCUGUAGAAAGCACACAGUGAAACCAGCCCCGGGAACAGACUGCGUGGUCUCUAACUAAAGGUCAGACGUAAUCAUAGAGCGAACCUUGAGGAUACUUCAUGUGCUUGUUUAAGCAAGGGCCGUGUCUCGUGCCAGGGAGGUGCUGGAAGGCAGGUUUCACUGCGUCUGGAGUGGAUUGUGUUUCCAUGUACCUGUCGCCUCCCUUUGCUGUGCUUCCUCUCCCAUCAUGGCUGAUUGCCAAGACUUGAGGCAUUGGAUGGUCUGUCUCGUUUCUAAUCAGCCGCCGGCUGCCUGACGCAUUCAGCAGUGCCGCAGCACCAUGCUUGUCACCUCCCGGUUGUUUCCAUGGUCGAGGUCUCUGGAGGACAAGUAGGGGACAGCUAAUGGCCUUUCACAGUCUCUAUCGAGUGGGUGCUGAGCCAGGCAGAAGCUCUUGAAUGUGAAAGGGGGUGUGGGGGGUAGACAGGUUGUCUGUGGCUAACAUGGCGAUGUGACCUCAGCAGCAGGUGGCCAUGGCAGCCAGGCAGAGUCUACAUCGGAGCUGUGCAGGGGUGAGGAUGUUGCUUGAUGGGUGCUGGAAGCUGGCUGCAGCUUUCCAAGUGAUGGCUGGAGGUAGGUUUGCCAGGCCCAGUGCCCCAGGAUACAUACCUCCCUCUGGCAGUGGUACCGAAGACUGGCCUGCAGGCUGUGUAUCGUAACCAAAUGCUGAUCACAUACACCUUUAAAACUGGCAGGGACUUCAGACUGCCUGAACAGUCAGUUAGCAAGCUGUCCCCUGAGGCACGGGAGGAGACUGGAUCUCUGCUCAGAGCUGCAGAACCGGGAUGAAAUCACCUAGACACAGAAUAAGCCCCCGGUGCAGCUGGUCACUGUCAGCUGUCUGGCUCAUUAAGCUGAAGUGCUCUGCUAAGCCAGUACCUCGGCCACAUGUCUGUUUGCGAGCACUGUGUUAUACAGAGAUACACAAGCUCACCACUGUGAAGUAAAGAUUUAAUCAGCGGGGGAGCCAGCUAAACACUUCUCAGCCCUCCUAGAUGGAGCAGAUAAUCACUGAAAUCCAAUUAGAAUUGUCUCCUAAUCUCAAGAGCCAGCAGGGGCAGGGCUCCACCCGUGGCAGAUUCUCCAUGUCUGAGGAGUGGUGACAUCAGGUGUGAACAGACCCAAGCAGGGAUGUGAGCCCAGCUCUAGGCAAGGGGCAGACCUGUCCGUGCAGGUCCCUAACCCCUGUUUGUCCAGGGUCAGAGAAAUACCGUGGGUAAGUGGGGGACUGUCCAGGGUUCUGUUCCUGGCGCUGCCCAGGACACCACGCACAGUGGCAGAGGUGGGUAUGGCCACACCCCUAGUCCUCUCUUUGGAUUACUAAACCUGCCAACGGAGUCAAUUGGAGGUGCUGGAGUUGUGUGUUAAUCUAAAAUACACCCCCCCCCCUUAAUGGAGCAGUGAGUCACUUUAUUCAUAAAGGUUCAAAGCUGCUUCAUGUUCACAGACAGCUACGAGGAAAAGUGGGUUUUUAGCUCCCCUUCAGAUGUCCCCGAAGCAGUGCCGCGCACGGGGCUGGCUGGCUGGCUGGCUGGCACACAGAGAGGAGCAGGCUUGCUCAGGGACACGCUGCGUUUGUGCUUAGCCUCGUAUCCUAGCUAGGAGAGGUUUGUCUUUGUCCUUCCCUGCUGAACAGCGUCAGCCCUGCAUUCUGCACGGCUCACAAACCCCCCACCCUCUUGCAGUGGUUGGGUGUGGUACCGAAGUGGGGGGGCUUGUAGGUCCCAGGGAAGGGUGAGGCCCAUGCCUGCCCUCAUUUCUAAUCCUUGAAUACUGGGGUUCCAGCAUGCUCUCCUCUAUCAGCUCCUUCAUGUUUGGGACUCCAUGGCCCACUCCUCCCUGAGACCGCUGACGUAUAGCCUUGGGGCUCUGGACAGUCUGGGCACUUGCAAGGUAGCCCUUUGGGAUCCUGCCUGGCCUGGCUCAGUUCCACCAGGGCUGGAGCCCUGUCCUGGUCCUGGUCCGCCUGCUUCUCUCUGCCUCAGCUAGCUGGGGCUGCUUGCCAUUGCUCUGGGGGCCAGGCUUGCCCCAGCCCUCCCCUUGGCUGCCUCUGCCCUUGCCACCACUAGGCAGAGGCUGUUGCAUGUCCCACCCCAUUAUUUGGAACAGCUCAGUCCCAGAAAGGUGUUUCUCAACCAGCGUUCUGGCCGGGGAGAGGGAGUAAGGACACAGCUUUGUGUGUUCAGUGCAGGGCCCACCAGCACAUGGACCCGGGGCUCGCAUUGCUGCCAGGCAGUGCUGGGGUAAAUGAGCCUCGUACAGACCCCCGCCAGGAACCCUUUUGUAAAGAGCUUGUAUCCAAAUACGCUGUUGGGUGGACGGAUAACUCAGCUUAGCAGCAGAUGACCUAAUGGUUACUGCACCAAGCAAGCAGCAUUGUGUGCGUGGGGUGCUGGCAGGUGCAGCUCCCCCCAGAGAACGAAUAGCAGUGAUGCUGGAAAGCCUGAUGGGGCACUAGGGCCUAUGAGGAGAGAGGUGUGCGUGCACCUGCCCUGAAUGGUGACCCUGGGAAAGCACAACCCUCCUGACUGCACCCCCAAGUCAAACACUUUAUGGAGCCAGAGACCCACUGAGCAGCCUGCAUGGUCCUUGUGCAGGGGGUAGCCCCUUCACUGGAGCCUGGUGCUACUCCAGUACAGGUCGUUGGCUACUCCCCUCUACCCAGUGAGGAACAGGCCAGGUGCCUGGUUAGUGCCUCCCUCCAGCUUCUGCUCCUGGCCUCAGUCCUUGCGCAUGGGCACUGCCCAUCUCCUAGCUCCCCAGGGAAGGAGGGCAGAGUCCAGGCUCCUGAUAGAUCCCAGCCUGGCCUGGCUGGUAACUGGGUUAUUUCUCACUGUCCCCAUUGUGGGGUUUCUGGAUUCCACAGAAACAGUGUGUUCUACCGGGACUUUGUCUGUGGGGAUUUCAGCGCAGGGCACAAGGGAUCAGAGCCCCGCUGGCAGCACCCUCUGUCCUGUACACUCCAUGGGCAAAGGGGGCUCAUGGUGUGUCUCUGGGUGUUGCCAACCCAGCUGCAAGAAACCACUGGGUGCCAACUCGUCACUUAUGGGCAGAGGGGCUGUGGUAGGUAGAGCACCCCUGGCCUGGGCUGUGCUGGGAGUGGCACUGCUGGUGAAGUGGCCUCACGAGCCUGACCGCGGAGCCUGGGCAUUCAGUUUCGUUUUUAGUCUUUGUCCUUAUUUAUACAUGCAGUGUAUGAUUCUGAGUCUGGCGCCGCCUCUCCAUGCCUUAACGGGGAGCUCCUGUAUUAAAGGCUUGUUAGCGCUCUA